GCUGAACCGUGCCGGGCGGGCGGGCGACACCUGGGCGGCUGCGCUGCCUCCUCCUCCUUCUCCUCUCACGUAGGUUUCGACUUUCUUCCCCGCCCGGAAACUUGGUGGAGGCGCCGCGCUCGCCGCCGUCGCAGGCCGGCUCGGCGCUGGGCUUGCAGCGCCUCUUCCCUCCCCAUCCCGGCGGCAGCGAGCCCUUUCCUGCCCCGGCGGCCCCAGGAGCGAGCUGUCACCUGUGGUGAAGGGCAUUACACUACUGGUUGCAGCAGCUCUGCCUACCCAGAGGCACUGGCAGAGUUUAAGUUCACUUCAACCUCAGCUGCAGCUGCCCUGGGGAGCCACGGUUUGAGAAGGUUUCGUUUUGUUUAAAUGAAGGUCUGUGGCAGAGCUGCUGUGUGACAAUCUCCUCCCUGGUGCUGGCUGCCAUGGCUGACCCUGUCACUGAGGAAAGCGCGUCCCAAGUCCCCGAGCUGUGCUGUGAGUGUGGCCAGGCCCACCCCUUGCUGGACAAUCACCUGUACAACUUCCAGGACGAGGUGGACGAUGAGCUCAUCUGCCACAUCUGCCUGCAGCCCCUGCUGCAGCCCAUGGACACGCCCUGCGGGCACACGUACUGUUUCAAGUGCCUUGAGAACUUCAUGCAGGAGUAUAACUUCUGUCCCAUGGAUCGCAAGAAGCUCUCCUUCCAGCAGUGCCACAAGUCCAGCCUGCUGGUGAGGAACCUGCUGGAUAAGCUGCUCGUGCUGUGUCCUUUCAAGGCUGAGUGCCAGCAGACCAUGCAGCGCUGUGAGCUGGAAGCUCACCUGCAGAACAGGUGUCCAGGGUUUAAGAAAUACAAAUCUGAACUGCAGCGGAAAAGGAAUCCCAUUUCCAAAGGGAAGGAAGAGUCUCCUGCCAAGGGGGACACAAACACGCCCAGGGAUCCAGAGCUCCCAAGUGGAGGCUCCUCACUCGUGGCAGAAAGCUCUGGAGCUGCUGUGGUGUCACUGGGGACUGCAGAGCCUGGACUGGUUAAUCCAGCUUUUGAGGAGACUGAAGAAGACCUUCCUCAGAGAACCAGUCUUGUGGCUGAAACCACCACCAUUGAAAUCCACCGGGAAGAUCCAGAGGAAGAGCUGGGGAUGAGGAUAGUUGGGGGUAAGGACACCCCCCUAGGGAACAUUGUUGUUCAGGAGGUGCUGCGGGACUCCGUGAUUGCUGCUGAUGGAAGAAUUGCUCCUGGAGACCACAUCCUUGAGGUGAAUGGCGUCAACAUCAGCAGCGUGACUCACUGCCAGGCUGUCUCCUUCCUGCGCCACCCAGGCCCUGUUCUCCACCUCAUGGUCCUGCAGGAGAAGGGCUUUUCCAACAAGACUGCACAGCAGGAUUCCACCUCCACCAGCCGGGAAGUGAUCCAUGUCACCUUGGUGAAGAGAGACCGGUCCGAGCCCUUGGGAAUCAAACUGAUCAGGAAGACUGACGAGGCAGGGAUUUUUAUUCUGGAUCUCUUAGAGGGGGGCUUGGCAGCCAAGAAUGGGAAGCUGAGUCGGAAUGACAGAGUCCUUUCAAUAAAUGGCCAGGAUUUGAGGCAAGGAACUCCUGAGGCUGCUGCCCAGAUAAUCCAGACCACGGAAUCCAGAGUGAACUUUGUGAUCCUGAGGCAGUCUGGGCUGCAGCUGGGGGAGCCAGGGGAGGAUGGCAGCACCUCCAACAGCAGCAGCAGCAGCAAUGGGGGCAGCCCAGUGCACCACCGGAGGCGGCCAGACCAGAACCACUACAGGCGAAAAUCCAGCUACCAGAAGGAUUUGCCUCAGGGAUAUGUAAGUCAUGAGAAGACAGUUGCAAUAAAAAAGGAGCCAAAGGAAUCUUUGGGAAUCACAAUUGGAGGUGGAAGGGAUAACAAAAACAAGCUCCCUAUCUAUGUGACAAGUGUGCAGCCCAUUGGAUGCCUCUUCAGGGAUGGCAGAAUCAAGAGAGGGGAUGUACUUCUGAGCAUAAAUGGCAUCGAUUUGACUCAUCUGAACUACUAUGAAGCUGUCUCAGCUCUGAAAUCCAAUGCAGCUUCCCACUCAGUCACACUGAAAGCGUUGGAAAUCCUCUCCCUGAACUCCCCAGAGCCAUCCCUGGACAUCAGGGAGCAGGGAUUCAGCUGGUCUCCCCUCUGGAUCACGUGGCUCGGAUUGCCCAGCUACCUUCACUUCUGUCAAGAUAUUGUCCUUAGUAAAGGAAACCUGGAAAGUUGGGGCUUCAGCAUCGUGGGAGGCUUUGAGGAAAGCAAAGGAAACCAACCCUUCUUCAUCAAAACCAUCGUGCCCGGGACUCCCGCGUUCCGGGACAGGAAACUCAAGUGUGGAGAUGAAAUCGUGGCAGUGAACGGAGUGCCAGCAAUAGGAAUGAGCAACUCGGAAUUAAUCCCAAUGCUGAAGGAGCAGAGGAACAAAGUCACCCUGACCGUGGUGUCCUGGCCAGGGAGCCUGGUGUGACAGCUCCAUCAAACCCCCAACGCUUCCAAGUAUCCAACAGCAGCUGGGCACAGCCAGGCCACACCUGACAGGAAACAGGACUGCUCCACUCCUGCUCCUGGUGCAUUGCCAUGGAAGACUCCUUGCUUCCUUUUUAUGGAAAACGUUUUACCAACAAAUCUGUAUGUUGAAGUCAAAGUAAGGGUUAAUCCAACAGCUGUUGGAGCUUCCCAGGCUCAUUAAAGCUCCUUAGGAUUGGUGUUUCUCCACAACCUGCCCUGGAGGCUGCUGAGGCUUGCCUUGAUUUUAGGGCUCUGCUUUCCAUUGAGUAUUUGGACAGGUUAAAACAGAGGCUUUUAGAAACAGCUACUAGGUCUGCAAGGAUGGGGACCCAAUUUAGGCAUUUCUGUCUGUCAGGAUUUCCCAGUCCUCAUUUUUAGGUGUCAGUAACCAGAGGGAUGUGUUAAAACAUGACAACCCCACGGUAGCUCAGAGCUGCUGGGCCAGCCUGGUGGAGCUGUGUUACCUUAUGAGGGUCCUGGCACAAAUCCCAGUUCAGGAUCCUGCCAGCUCCACUGAUUUACUGCAAAGGGACAAUUUCAACAGCUUGAAGAACCACUCUCAAAGGCACCAGCAAGAGGGGUUUCAUUGAAAUAUGAUGUUGCAAAGUGUGACUUUACUAAAGGUCAAGGGCAAGGCUCUCUUAUUGCACACAAGUUUCCCUGGUUUUAGGAUUGAUAAAAGCAGCUUUUUCCCCAGAAGGAAGGUGGGGAAAGGGAAGAGCUGGUGUCAGACAGCCCUGGCCCAGUCUGAUGCCUGUCUUAUUUUUAUGUUUCCAGUGAUGAAGGGCAGAGUUCAGGCAGGGGCAGAAGCACCUGUACUGUCAGGGAGAGAUUUCUCCUGCAGUUCCCUUCAUGUCCCUCUUGCAGCUGGAGCCAAAUAUCAACUUAUGGGAUCAGGGGAAGCUCAAAGGAUCCUUGGCUGCAGGAAAAGUCACCGCCAGAAGGAGACUGUGCCCAGCCUGGCUUCAGUUCAAACCCACUGUGCAGUUGAAAUUUACAAUUCAAGAACUGAAGCCCAGGCAGGGUGCUUUCACCUCUGACACUGUGAAAGUUCCUACUUGCAAACUCCACCUGAAGCAAUUCCCCUUUUGAGCAGUUUAAUGAGCAGUAGAGAUGAUGGGUUUUUCUCAAACCAGGUUGCACUGAGAGAUCUUUGCUCCUGUGCUGCCUCUGCUGCACCUUUUGCAGGACCAGCUUUGUAGGAAUCCAAGGAGUCUGUCCCCUGUCCAAAAGCUGCCUGGAAUGAAUGUUUAAUUCCCUGUAGCAGCCCUGCAGGAAAAGAGCCCAGGCAUGGCUGAAGCUUCUCCUGGGCUGGCAGUUUGUCAGUUGCUGUCCCUGGGCCUCGUUCACACACAGUGACUUCAGCUCCUGCGCUGGGAGCUGCGGGCAGGGACAGCAGGGCCUGUCCCAGAGCCCAGGACACAGCAGGAGCCUCAGCUCCAUCCUCCCUGCAGCUCUGGCUGGGCUGAGGAACACCUCUGGGGACUCUGACAGCACAGCUGGGGCACCUGGCCUCCAGGGCUGCUUUCCUGUUCUACUGCGCAAUGCUGAGAGCAAAAUAAUCCACAAAGAAAACUCAUCACUGACCUCGCUGGGACACAAAAACAUGAAGCAAUUUUUUAUCUCUUUCCAAUCAAUGUGCAGAAUCUGUGCCUGGAACAGUAAAUACUGAUGUGGACAGAGAGAGGGUGAUUCCCACUGCCCGCCCCAAGUGUGGGGAAAGGGCAGGAGGGAAGAGCUAUGCAGCUGCUGGGCUGGCAGUGGAGGGAGGAGGAGGCUGCAGAACCAUUUUUACUCCAUCUCCUUUCAAGGUGCCUUCAACUUCACCAAAAAGUCCUCAUAAUUUAAAUUUUGUUUCCAAAAUCAGCUUGUUAAUAGAUGUUGAAUUUGUUUUGAUGCCUUUAUAAAUUAUUGUAAUAUUGCUGAAAAA